AUGGAGACUGCAAAAAUGAUAAAGCUAGGUAAUGGGUUGUCAGUACCAAGUGUUCAGGAAUUGGCAAAACACACUCUUGCAGAAAUUCCAUCUCGAUACAUAUGCACUGAUCAGGAUUCAGUCAUUAUUGGUGCGUCUGUAACUCAUGAAACAGUUCCUGUCAUCGAUUUGCAAAAUUUGCUGUCUCCUGAACACAUAACUAGAAAUGCUAAUCUGCUUGCUUUAUACUAUACGUUCCAGCUGGUAAACCAUGGAGUCAACACUCUAUUGGUGGAAAACGUGAAAUCAGAGAUUGAGAGGUUUUUUAACCUUCCAAUGGAUGAUAAAAUUAGGUACGAUCAGAAAGAAGGAGAUGGUGAAGGAUUUGGGCAAUACUUUGUGAACUCAGAUGACCAAAGACUUGAUUGGGCAGACGUGUUUUACAUGGUCACCCUUCCUAUACCUCUCAGGGAGACGAUGGAAUCCUACUCAUCAGAGAUGAAUAAAUUAGCCAUGAUUCUCUUCAACAUGAUGGAGAAAGCUCUACAAGUAGUUGAGACUAAUAAAGUUAUUACAGGGCUAUUUGAAGAUGGGUUGCAGUCGAUGAGGAUGAAUUACUAUCCUCCUUGUCCUCGACCAGAGCUCGUCAUUGGUCUUACGCCACACUCGGAUUUUGGCGGUUUGACAAUCCUCCUUCAGGUCAACGAAGUGGAAGGAUUGCAGAUAAGAAAAACAGAGAGAUGGAUUUCAAUACUGACUAAUGGGAUUUACCGUAGCGUUGAACAUCGGGCAAUAAUAAACUCAGCGAAGAAGAGGCUCUCAAUUGCAACAUUUCAUGACCCUAAACUAGAGUCGGAAAUAGGUCCAAUAUCGAGCUUGAUCACACCACAAACACCAGCCUUGUUCACAAGAAUUGGGUUUCAGGAACUUGAGAAGAAAAUGCGUUCAUCAAAACUGGAUGGAAAGUCAUUUCUUGACUGCAUGAGGACCGGAGAAAGUAACUAA